UGUUGGAUAGUGGACUUAUUUGUUUUGCUGGUGACCAGUAACGUGGGUACGUCACCCCGCCAGAAGAUGCAACUCCCGGUUGUAAAACGAUUCAUCACCGGGUGGAGCAUUUAUUUGUUCGCCGAAAAAGCAUAUCUUCACACCACUUGUACAACAGCACCAAUGCGAGACGAUGCGUGGAAGAAACAUACGAAAAAAGAUACUGUAAGAGCGCUCAUCUCGAACGAUGAAGAGCACUGGGCAGAAAACGGAUUCAAACUAGCGGGUUCAUUGGCAUCGAAAUGUAGUUUGCCCCCAAACAUCCAAACGACUGUAUGUAAUGCAUCGGCCAGCAGCACAAAUAAACAUAAACUUACAUUUAUCUCCUUGUUAAUUGCUCAAUAA